AUGCUUCCAGAAAAAAACACACUUCCAAAGGAUGUUUACUCAAUGAGAAAGUUGUUAAAACCAUUUGAUUUAGGAUAUGAGAAGAUUCAUGCAUGCCCAAAUGACUGUUGUCUAUUUAGAAAGGAGCUUAAAGAUUUGGACUCAUGUCCAAAGUGUGGUUCUUCAAGAUGGAAGGUAGACAAAGUCACCACCAAAGUUUGUAAAGGAGUUCCUGAAAAGGUGCUAUGGUAUUUUCCUGUGAUACCAAGAUUGAAAAGGAUGUUUAAAUCAGAACAAAAGGCUGAAGACUUGAUUUGGCAUUCCAACCAUAAAAGUCAUGAUCAUAUGAUGCGUCAUCCAGUUGAUUCAAUAGCUUGGGAUACGAUAAAUCAUAAGUGGCCAGCUUUUGCAUCAGAUCCUAGAAAUCUUCAGCUUGGUCUUGCAACAGAUGGAUUCAACCCUUUUGGUGAUCUUAGUUCUAGAUAUAGUUGUUGGCCAGUUAUUUUGGUCAAUUACAACCUUCCUCCGUUGAUGUGCAUGGCGAAGGAAAAUCUUAUGUUGACAUUAUUGAUUCCAGGCCCGAAGCAACCAGGAAAUGAUAUAGAUGUAUACUUGGAACCCCUAGUGGAGGAUUUGAAGGAGUUAUGGGACAUUGGUGUGGAGACGUAUGAUGCAUUUAGCAAGUCAGUGUUCAAUAUGAAGGCUAUUUUGAUGUGGACAAUCAAUGAUUUUCCAGCUUAUGGAAACUUAGCUGGAUGUGCCACAAAAGGGAAAUUUGGUUGCCCAAUAUGUGGUGAAGGCAUAUCUUCUAUGUGGCUUAAGUAUAGUAGAAAAUUUGCAUAUUUAGGGCAUAGGAGAUUUCUUGCUCCUAAUCAUCCAUUCCGUCAGAAGAAGAAGUGGUUUGAUGGGAAUAAAGAGACAAAAGGAAAACCUAGGCCUCUGAAUGGAUUAGAAAUUCUUAAUGUAGUGAAAGACAUUGAAAAUGACUGGGGUAAAAAGAAAAUGGGUAAAGAUAUCAAUAAUACAAAGAAAAAGAGGAAGGAGCGUGAUGGUUCAAAAAAAGUUCAAAAACCAGUUCAAAUGUGGAAGAAGAAGUCAAUAUUUUUCAAUUUGUCAUACUGGAGUGGGCUCCUGCUACGUUAUAACUUAGAUGUUAUGCAUGUUGAAAAGAAUGUUUGCAAGAAUAUCAUAGAAGAACGAAAGCUUAUUGGGUUGAAAUCUCAUGAUUGUCAUGUUCUUAUGCAACAAUUGCUUUCAGUAGCAUUGAGAAGUCUUUUACCAAAAGGUCCACGUAAUGCUAUAUUUUUGCUUUGUGCAUUUUACAAUGAGUUAUGUCAAAGAGUGUUAGAUAGGAACCGUCUAGAACAACUCGAAGAGAAUAUUGCUGAAACUUUAUGCAUGAUGGAGAGGUACUUUCCACCAACUUUCUUUAUCAUCUCUGUUCAUUUGACAAUUCAUUUAGCAAGAGAGGCUCGCCUGUGUGGGUCAGUUCAAUUCCGUUGGAUGUAUCCAUUUGAAAGAUUUAUGAAAAUGCUUAAAGGCUAUGUGAAGAACCGAGCAAGGCCAGAGGGUUGCAUAGCUGAGUGUUACCUUGCAGAAGAACGAAUGAUGCACAUUGAGGAGCUUAAACAAACAGAUCGUCGUUUCUCAAGUAAUGAAACACUGUCACAAAAACGACAUAUGGAAACAUUUGCUCAAUGGUGUGAUUGGGCUAAUCCUGGAACUGGUAUCAAAAUGGAUGAUGGUUUUACACUUGUCAACUUACACCAAGGACUAAGGACUUUUGAAAAUGAUCCUUUCAUUUUAGCAUCACAAGCAAAGCAAGUUUUCUAUUCUAGGGAAAAUGAUGAAUCAAAUUGGUAUGUGUUGCUAAAAGCGCCACCUCGAGGUAUUCAUAACAUGGAUUUGCUUGAAGAGGAUGCAUAUACAUCAUCAAAACCUCUUGAUGUGUCCAGACUUGAGAUUAACAUUACUGAGAAAGAACCAUAUUCCAGAAAUGAGUGUGAGGGAAUUGAUGUUAUUGAUAUCCCAUGA